AUGCCCGACGAGAAUACUCAAGGUGAAGAACAAACCACGGACUCGACACGCACGGCAGAUGCGUCCGACAUGCAAACCGCCAAGGAUUGGUUCAAGGCGGUGUUCAAGCUUCAACAUGCGUCGAUCACACAGGCACAGGAAGACCGCCAGCAAGCUAUAGCAGACCGUCGCGCGGACCGUCAAAUCUUUCUUGCAGCUCACCAAGCCAACGCUGCCCGCAUCGGCCGUUUGGAGGACCUACUUUUAGCGAUGAACGUCAAGAACGAGGUGGACGCUCGUCCAGUACAGACUACUCCAGGCCGGAGUGUGAGAAGAUUCAGUCCCAUGUUCCUCUUCCAAGCUAACGAAAUUGGAUAUCUCAAAUGA